AUGGCUCCUGAAUGGUUCAAGGCGUUGUGUUGUAUUCGACAACCGCCUUCUCCGAGCGACGACCCAGUUGAUCGUCAAGUUCCUGCUCCCAUUGGAGCUGCUCAGCCCACAGCCAGUAUAGAUCCCGUUCUUGUGCUGACUGAAGUUCCUGUCGAAGGCUCUGGCUCUCCCUCGGCCAAUAUUGGGGACGUUCGUGCUGACACGGUAGUCGAGAACACUCGCGCACGUUCUCCGUCAAACAGUACAGGUGCUCUUGCUCCUGCACUAAUCGAGGCGCAACCCCCAGUUCCAUGUUCUCCGGAAGAGAGUACGGAUACUCCUGUUCCUGCACACACUGAAGAAGUAGCCGCGGAUCCAGCGAAAGCUAGAGAGCACAUCGAUCGCAUCGAUCGCUUUCGCAUUCUGGUCAUGGGCAGAGCCAAUGCAGAAAUUUUUAAUGGGGAAGGAGAGAAGGUGGAUGCUACCUUGGUGCAGGGUUCACUAAAGGCCGGAAGUGAAAGGGAGUUUGACAUGAUGAAGGAAUUCGUGAUGGAUCACGCCAAGACAAUGAAGCUGGACAAGAGAAUCCAUGCCAUAUGGUUUUGCAUUCCUUUGAAUGAAAGCCACAGGAUGGUCACAGCUGCAGAAAAGAAGUUUUUUGAUAUGUGUGAUACAGGGCAUGUUCCUGUAAUUGUAUUGCUAACAAAAACAGAUACCUUGGCCUUGGAUGCCAUCAUGGAAGUUGAUGAUGGUUUGAAUGAAGAUGAUGCAAUGGAAAGGGCUCAGGAGGAAAUGACUGCAGGAAUGCAAGAAGAGGGUGCUGAUUGUGCAACCCUACUGACAUACACAGCAAAUGCAUUAAAUGAAGAAGGACUGCAGCAGCUCCUCACAUCAACACAGCAAUCUAAUCUAGGACUGUGUAUGGAGUUUGCAAUAACAAAGACACUGAAGAACUACAUGCAUGGCAUGAUGGUUUCCAUAUGUAAGAAGAUACAUGAAUUUGAAUUAUAUGAGUGGAGCCAUGGCAGGUGGUGGAAGGAUUCUGACCAUGUUCACUCCCACCCUUUUGGACUUGCAUUCAUAGGAUUGUGGUGGAAGGAUUCUGACCAUGUUCACUCCCACCCUUUUGGACUUGCAUUCAUAGUUGAGAUUGUGAGUGGAGCCAUGGCAGGUGGUGGAAGGAUUCUGACCAUGUUCACUUUACCAUUUGAGAUUCCCACCUUCACUCCCAUUUUGGCUUGCAUUAUAGAGAAGAGAAGUGAGUGGAGCCAUGGCAGGUGGUGGAAGGAUUCUGACCAUGUUCACUCCCACCCUUUUGGACUUGCAUUCAUAGAGAGUGAGUGGAGCCAUGGCAGGUGGUGGAAGGAUUCUGACCAUGUUCACUCCCACCCUUUUGGACUUGCAUUCAUAGUUAAGAAGAGUGAGUGGAGCCAUGGCAGGUGGUGGAAGGAUUCUGACCAUGUUCACUCCCACCCUUUUGGACUUGCAUUCAUAGUAAGAAGAAAGAGUGAGUGGAGCCAUGGCAGGUGGUGGAAGGAUUCUGACCAUGUUCACUCCCACCCUUUUGGACUUGCAUCACAGAGAGAAGGAUUGAUGGUCAAUGUUUACAUGGCAUUUCAAUUUGACCCUUAUGUCUCUACUUGCAUCUAUCAGCAUCCUAAUAUCACUCAUUACUCUUCUUCUGUCCACAUGCCUACUUUGGCCAUCUCACAAAAACCUUCACUGCAAUAUGUUGCAGCAUAUGGCAUUGGUGCUAUACUUGUGUUUGAAUAUUUGUACUUCUUGUUGCAGGCCAACAAAGUGAAUGGUGAUCUACAGGCAAACCUUGAACAGGCUGUCAGAACAUAUCAAACAUCAGGUGUCCAAGCUACUGUUGCUAAACUUAUCACAGCAGCAUUUCAGUGUCAUGGUGAAGAUGUUGAAGUUUUACACCCCAUCCUUGUUGGUAUUGCAAAGGAAAAUCAGAUGUGUCAGAUACUAUUCCCUCAAUGCCAAUCAACCUCUUUCUUACCUCUAUUUGGAUUAGCAAAGAUGACAUAG